CGCUAAUAAAACCGGUGCGCUUUGGUCCAGGAUGCUGCAUUCACAGAGAACACCUGGGGCAGAGGAACACCUGCAAGACUUCACCUCCAGAUACACCCGAGACUCACCUGCACAGAAAUGGAAGAUGAUGUUGCUGCCCUCGUUGUUGACAACGGCUCUGGCAUGUGCAAGGCUGGUUUCGCUGGAGAUGACGCCCCCCGUGCCGUCUUCCCGUCAAUUGUUGGCCGUCCCAGACACCAGGGUGUGAUGGUGGGAAUGGGACAGAAGGACAGCUAUGUUGGAGAUGAGGCACAGAGCAAGAGAGGCAUCCUGACCCUGAAGUACCCCAUCGAGCACGGCAUCGUCACCAACUGGGAUGACAUGGAGAAGAUUUGGCAUCACACCUUCUACAAUGAGCUCCGUGUUGCUCCUGAGGAGCAUCCAGUCCUGCUGACUGAGGCGCCACUCAACCCCAAGGCCAACAGGGAGAAGAUGACACAGAUCAUGUUUGAGACCUUCAACUGUCCUGCCAUGUAUGUGGCCAUCCAGGCUGUCCUGUCCCUGUACGCCUCCGGGCGUACCACAGGUAUUGUGAUGGACUCCGGUGACGGUGUCAGCCACACUGUGCCCAUCUAUGAGGGUUAUGCUCUGCCUCACGCCAUCCUCCGUCUGGACCUGGCUGGCAGGGAUCUGACUGACUAUCUGAUGAAGAUCCUCACUGAGAGAGGCUACAGCUUCACCACCACCGCUGAGCGUGAGAUUGUGCGUGACAUUAAGGAGAAGCUCUGCUAUGUGGCUCUGGACUUCGAGCAGGAGAUGCAGACAGCAUCUUCCUCUUCCACACUCGAGAAGAGCUACGAGCUUCCUGAUGGACAGGUCAUCACCAUCGGCAACGAAAGGUUCCGCUGUCCCGAGACUCUCUUCCAGCCUUCAUUCAUUGGAAUGGAGUCGGCUGGCAUCCAUGAGACGACCUACAACAGCAUCAUGAAGUGCGACGUGGACAUCCGUAAAGACCUGUACGCCAACACUGUGCUGUCUGGCGGCACCACCAUGUACCCUGGCAUCGCUGACCGCAUGCAGAAGGAGAUCACUGCCCUGGCCCCACCCACCAUGAAAAUCAAGAUCAUCGCUCCCCCAGAGAGGAAGUACUCCGUCUGGAUCGGCGGUUCCAUCCUGGCCUCCCUCUCCACUUUCCAGCAGAUGUGGAUCAGCAAGCAGGAGUACGACGAGUCUGGCCCAGCCAUCGUUCACCGCAAGUGCUUCUAGAAAGCUCAUGGCCCUCCUCUGCCCUAGCCGGGAAGUGGCAUUUCAACUGUUCCAUCCAGCUAGACAUGUGUCUGAUUUAUCUUGUGAAAGGACUAAAAUAUGGAGAUGCCACAAAAGAUAAAUCAAAUGGCCGCUCCUCAGCAACUUGUUGAACCUACAGCAUCUGAACAUGUUCCUCUGCCCGCAACUCUCUCAUUCUGGUGAUAAACUACUGAUGGUCAAACAAAACAGUAUUAUCACUAAUCCUAUUUCCCUACCUUUUCACUCUAUGCUAUGCAAUAUUGCAUGGCUUUUCCCCCUUGUCAGUUCUGUUGACUCCGCUAGAGUCGAACCAUCAGUACCCCAUGCAAUAGCUAUAAAUAAAAUGCCAACAUUUGAUGUUUAAA